AUGAGUGUUAUUAUUACAGCCCGGAUCCAGGGCCCUUCCUGCUCACUGUCUCCGAGGCCACAGCCGCUGGAGCCCGGCUCCUGCCUCAUUCCCCUCGGCCCCGGGACAAUGUGGAGCUUCACCAGGAGAGCCGCCCUCUGGGUGCCGCUGCCCCGGCGGCUGAGCCCGAGCCCGAGGCCGCGGAAUGCGCGGACUGCCGUUUGUGGGAGGCCGCCCGGACCCAGCAGCGGGAGGCCUGAGGGAGCGGGCCCAGCCCCGGCCUGGAGUAAGGUGCCUCAGAGUCCAUCCUGGCAGCCUGUAGAGGUCUGUGAGUUUCCAGAGGUUACCAUGGAGAUGAUUGACCAUCUUGAACGAUUGGCACUCGUUGAUUUUCGGAACCAGGAGGGUAUAGAAAGACUGGCAGAUGCCAUACAGUUUGCCAACCAGCUGCAUGCUGUUGACACUGAGGGAGUGGAGCCCAUGGAUUCAGUGCUGGAGGACAGGCCAUUGUACUUGCGUGAGGACACAGUCACGGAAGGUUACUGUGCAGAGGCAAUCCUCAGCAAUGCGAAGCAAGUUGUAGAGGAAUACUUUAUAGCACCUCCAGGGAAUAUUCCACUGCCAAAGAAAGAAGAGAGAGACAGCUUCCUUCAGCAUUCUAACCGGUGACCACGACAAGAGGAAAUGUUGGAAUUAACAAUUUCAACAUGGAUGUUCUUGGUGAGGAAUUCCACUUUCUUGCAGACUACUUGACUACACUGAACAUACGGUGAAGAUUCAAGCAUGCCAGAUUUGUCAAAUGAAACAGUUUUUCAUAUCAAAUGGCCAUGCCAAAGAUGUGAAAUUCAGUGAUGUGUAGAUUUUUUUUUCUCCAUCAACUUGGAUUGUUGUUUUUGAUUUAUUAAAUUUGUAAUUGAACAGAAAAACACUAAUUUAUUUGAAUACUGAAAUAAAGAAAAGGUGUGUCUCUUAGUGCAUUCUCACCUUUGAAACCGAAA